AUGCUUGAUGAAUAUCGUAGUCGAGCAUCGUUUUGUACUAAACGUAUGCGAAAUAUAUUUGAAGAUGAACCAUCACAAAAUUAUCGAACAAAAAUUUGGUCAGUAUUAGAUUCUCAACCAAUAUUUCGUCAACCACAAUUUCCAAUAACAAUUGAUGAAUAUAAAUAUUUAACAUAUCAACGUUCAAAAGAAUUAAUCAAAGCAAAUUUAUUAACUGAUGAUGAAAUGUUUGAUAAUCCACGAUAUAAAAUUAUUCUUGAACAAUGUUUAGCUAUGUAUGAUGCAUCAUGUCAUGCUAAAUAUACACUUUCAAUGACACUAUUUCGUGAAACAGUUCGAACAUUAGGUACAAAACGACAUGAAUAUAUUUUAAAUUUAGAUCAAAAUCAUCAAAUUUGUGGUUGUUUUGCUUUAACAGAAUUAGCACAUGGUAGUAAUACAAAAGAAAUGCGAACAACAGCAAUAUAUGAUCUAACAACUCAAGAAUUUGUUUUAAAUACACCUGAUAUUGAAGCAAUGAAAUUUUGGGUUGGUAAUUUAGGUUAUCAAGCAACACAUGCUGUUGUUUAUGCACAGCUUUAUACAAAAAACACUUGUUAUGGUCUUCAUCCAUUUGUUGUACCAAUUCGUGAUCCAUUAACAUAUAAAACAUACGAUGGUAUUGAAGCUGGUGAUAUCGGUGCUAAAUGUGGAUGGAAUGGUCUUGAUAAUGGGUUUUUAAUUUUUCGUAAUUAUCGAAUUCCAAGAGAAAAUUUACUUAAUAAACAUGGUGAUGUUUUACCUGAUGGAACUUAUAAAACUCAAUUUAAGACAUCCAAUAAACGAUUCGGUGCAAGUCUUGGUGCACUUUCAUCAGGUCGUGUUGGUAUCAGUAGUUUAACCAUUGGUUUAUUAAUUAAUUGUUGUACAAUUGUUAUUCGUUAUUCAUGUGUACGAAAACAAUUUGGACCAUUACCUGGUGUAGAAAUACCUGUUAUUGAAUAUCAAACUCAAAAUUGGCGUUUAAUACCAAUAGUUGCAUCACUUUAUGUUUAUCGACAUUUAGCAUUAUCAGUUUUUGAUAAUUUAGUUGACUUUUAUGCCUUAUCAAUGUCAAAUGAUGAAGAUGAUCAAGAUCUUCUUGCAUAUAUGGGUAGAGAACUUCAUGCUUUAUCAUGUUCAUGUAAAGCCAUAUGUACUUGGAAUACACAAAAAGCAUGUCAAGAGUGUCGAGAAGCAUGUGGUGGUCAUGGUUAUUUAUAUGCAACUGGUUUUGGUAAUAUUCGAAAUGAUAAUGAUCCAUCAUGUACAUUUGAAGGUGAUAAUAAUGUUAUAUUACAACAAACAUCAAAUUAUAUUUUAUCAAAUUAUGAAGAUAUAUAUAAAAAUAAUACACCAAUUAAUAGUCCAUUUAAAAACUUACUCAAUGCUGUUGAUUGGCUAUUAUGUUAUAUUCUUGAGAAAUCGGCUAGAAAAAUUGAUCAAUUAACUAUACAAAAAUAUUUAACAUCAUUUGAUUUAAAAAAUGCAGCACAAGUUUAUUAUCUUCGAACAUUAUCAAUUAUUUAUAUUCAACGUACAGCUAUUGUUCGAUUUUUACAAUAUAUUGAAAAUCAUGAAGAAAUGGAUAAUAAAUGUAAAAAUGUUCUUAAUAAAUUAUUAAUUGUUCAUAUAUUAAAAUUUCUUGAAGAAAAUUUAAAUUUAUUAUUUGAAGGAAAUUAUUUUAAUAAUGGUUUAAUUAGUAUAUGGAUACAAAAUCGUUUAAUUGAUUUAUGUCAUGAUUUACGAAAUGAAGCUGCUGCUUUAGUAGAUGUUUUUGCACCACCUGAUCAUAUACUUAAUUCAGUUUUAGGUGUUAGUGAUGGAAAGGUUUACGAAGCGAUUAAUAAACAAAUACAUAGUAAUAAACAUACAUUUUUAACACCAUCAUGGAUAAAACAAGAUUUAAUUGAACGUAGUAAACUUUGA